UCACCUUUCGUGUUUACCUGCGGUAGUACUACGAAGUCCAGUUGUGGUAUGUUGAAUUUCAAAAUAAACCUGAUUGGAUAGGCGAAGCUGACGUCAUUAUUAGAUGACGCGAGAACCAUAAUGAUUACGUCGUAUAUAGUGAGCUGGUCACGUGAUACAAGAGCUGUGGUCGUGUUGUGAUGAUGAAUCAAGUGGAGGAUGAGUACACUACACUGCACAGAUUUAUACAACUUGUGAAGAAUGAAAUUGAGCAAAGCAUUUCUGUUGGAGAUUUGUCUUCAACAUUCGACAAAUCGAUGGACAGCUCCAAGAAUGGACAGCUGGACGAUACGUCCAUGUCAUCCGUGGAAGCUGAAAUUGUGGCCGAUAUCCCGUCCAUCGAGGCUGAAGUCUUUAGUGCAGACGUACAGGGUUUGGUUUCAGGUGACAUGUGUCAUGUGACACGAGAUUUGAUGUCAGGUGACAUGUGUCAUAUGACACGGGAUCUGAUGUCAGUGUUCGAUGACCUGAGGUCAGACAGUGAGUUGUGUGUUGACCAUGUGAUGCCGUGUAUUGACCAAGACACAGUUAACGAAUUUACUGAUGCUGAGCAUCUGUUUGAAGGACUUGUUUUACAUCCUUCUUCAGCUCACCUGACCAAAGGUAAUGGUCAGUUCGACAAGCUGGAUGGUCAGUUAGAUAUGGUUGAUGGUCCGUCAUAUUCAGAUGACGGUCAGAUAGACAUGAUAGAUGAUCAGGCAAAUUUGAUUGGCAGUCAGUCAGACAUGUUUGAUGGUCAGGCAGAUUUAAUUGACGGUCAGUUAGACAAGGCGGACGAGCUUCUGGAGAGAAUCAUCCAGCAAGAACAGCGUCAGAGCGCCCGACACGAGGAGCAGAGACGGGCGUCACGUGGACACGUCCGUCUUAAGGUCAAGGCCACGGAAACAUCCGGGUCAGAGAUCCAGACCCCGACCAAAGACAGGAGGAAGCAGAAGAGGGAAGACGACUGCGGGGAGGGGAGGAAACACAGCCGACAUCGCCACCGUCACCACCACCAGCUGAAGCCCGUCCACCAGUGCUACCAUCCCCGGCACCACCACUCUCACCAUCACCACCAUCAUCAGGAGCCGGAGACCUCCGUGCCGUAUCAGCUGCGUCUGCUCCAGCUCCGGGAGUCGUACGCAACAAAAAGAUCCCCGGCUCCGAACCACGGAGUGUCGCCCCCGUCUCCUAAACUGGGCCACGAGUUGAACAUGCGGAGGUUCCAGCUGCUGACCGAGAUCUACGAGGAGGUGAAGAGGGCCUGCAGGUGUCACUCGGAGGAGCAGGCCAGUGGCCGGCCAGUCGCCUCAGGUCAGCACCACAUUACCAACAGAAACCUUAGCGAUUCUGAUCUCUCCGGGUCACCUGACCCAGGUGUCAAAGUUCACCUGACACACGAUGACAUAACCAACAACAACACGUGCUGCCCGGGGGAGGGCGUGUCCUGGAGGUUUGAGGACAACUUCACCAUCCCCCCGCCCCCGGAGUUCGACGCCAGCAGCGAGGAGGAGGAAGUGACGUCACUGACGGCUGACCACGGCGACUACACCGGCUACAUCGACUGGAACAAACUGACCAGACAGUCCCUGUCACAACACGGGUCUGACAAGCAGCUGUCACGUGGUUCCCGUAACGACGUUGAUGGUCAGUGUCCAGUCGUGGACCGGCCAGAAGACGGUCCUAGUGAAACGGAAUCUGUUCAGGAUGUACGUCAUGACGACGUGGAGGAGAGUUCGGACAUGGAUUUAGGUGCAGACGAUACACCUAUGACGUUGUACACAUCAAACAAGGGGGUUUUCCACUUGCCGUACGCAUCCAUUAGACAACAUGCGCAGAAAACGGCGCGUUCGGAGAUUUCCGAUGAACGCUUGCAAUAUUUUCAUCGUUCAGCGCGUAACGCAGGACAGGGGAGUAGUUCUACUUCACGCGGAGGAUGCCUGCCGGAAGUGUCACCUGACAGGCCGGAAGUUGAAGCCCUCGGAAUGGAGGAGGAUCAGGAUUUGAUCUCCUUGGUGAAAAGUUUAGAAACCAUCAGCAGGGGAGGUGGGAGGGAGCAGUUCCCGCCCAAACCCUCACCCCAGCUCAUCAAUGAGAAACGGCUUGUUAAAAGAGUAUCUAGUCCACAUUUUCAAAGACGGCCAAUGACCACUGGUCAGCGCUCAGUUACUAAUAAUGAGAGCUCAGUACCCAAUAAUCAACAGAUGACCAGUGGUCAACGCUCAAUAAUUAAUAAUGCGAGUCCAUUGGCCAAUAAUCAACAUGAGAUGACCAUUGGGCAGCGCUCAACAACUAAUAAUGAUAGCCCAGUAACCAAUCAACAGGUGACCAGUGGUCAACAUUCAUCCACCAACACCCCACACCUAUCAACCUGUGACCACCGUCCAGUCGCCAGUGGACAGUGCCCACCAUCUAAAGUUCCCCUGAAGCAUCAUGACCCUGCCCCCUGUCCACCCACCCCACCAGACAGGUCAUCUAACCAAGACCAGGGGUGCUGUCAUGUCCAUCACUCGCUGUCCUGCCCAGCGGGUGCCACCCCCAGUAUUAGCAGACACACUGACCCCGCACCGAUCUCGGUGACCCCACAGGGUUCAAGGUCAUUAACAACUCACACGGUAUUCUCACCACUUCCGGUCUCCGCACGCGAGAAGUCACGUGGUUCGCGAGUAGAAACCGAUUUCGAAAAUUCUCUGGACAUUUUAAACCAAAUACGGCUGGGCAUUGUGGAUAAAAAUAGUAACGGGUUUUCCCAUAACAAACACGAAAGCAUUGAGCAAAACUCUGAGAAAGAGUUGAACAAUGCGAAUAAAUCUGGAACGGUUAACUGCAAGAAUACGGCUUCAGGUGACAUGCGCAGUGGAGGCAAUACGGUGUGUGAGAACAAAAAAUGUGAUACCAGCGGCGUUUCUUCUGUUUCGUCCGCCCGAAUCAAGGAUAAUUCCGUUCCGGCAAGAAAUGGCCGGACGGCGGCCAAACCCGUGGCGAUGAGGUCCAAAUCUCUGCACCGGGACACGGAAAAAUCCGGCCACGACGACGAUUUCUGCAGCCUGAGCGGCAGCCUGCGCGAGCUGCGGCACCUGAACAUCGACGUGAGCCAGCAGCUGGUGGACGGCCAGCGGGUCUACGUCGUCCGGAACGGCUCGCCCGAGAUGCAGGUCAUGGUCAACGCGCUGACCCCCGUCCUGUCCAGGCGGGGGAGGACGCGAAACUCGGCACGAUUUGCGCCUGAAGCCGACCGUGACAGCAGCGGCGUCACGUUGUCACGUGAAGUCCGUGACAGUGUCGCACUUUCGUCACAUCCUCCAAAGACCUCGGCACAAAACACCAUCACAACACCUCCUGAAAUAAAACCAAGCCCGCAGGAAUUAUUGCCCAUUUGCCGGAAGUCAUUGUUUCAAGUUUCGAAUAAGUUUUCUCAACGAGCUGUCGCGAACGACGAGAUCUCGAGAGAUCCACCGGUGCGCUCAGACGACGAGCUGAACAAGACCACGUGCUCUGACGACCUGUACGAGGAGCUGGAGAGGGCCAGAAAAAAUUUAUUCCUGCCUCCGAAACUCGCUCACACGUGGCACGGUACUUCCGACACGUCACGUUUUCGCCCCUCCCCCAAGAUGGGCGUGGGCAUGAUGCGGGGGGCGCCCAAAAAGUUGUCUGGCCCAGCUCCCGCCGCCCCCGCCACAGGUUCGCCGUUCCAGAAACAGUCUCAGACGCUGCCGGUCAUCUCUCGGACACUGCUGGACGCCAUGCACAAGCGGUACUGCUCGCACCAGUACUCGGGCCAGCUUCAAACCUGCACGUAUCUCAGUCUAAGCCCCGCCUCCUACUCGCGUAAGCAGCCAAUCACAGCCGUCUGUCUGGAGACGCGCCCCGCUCGCGACCACGAGGUCCACGCCGCCCCGCCCUCCCCGCAGGUCAUGGCCCGCCUCCUCAAGCUCAAGUCUGAAGCAGACUCAAACGGCAGACAAAGAACUUUAAUCAAACAAAAGUCUGAUACAGACUCAAAUGUCUGCCCUCGGCCCAUGGAAAGCUCCAGAUCAGAAGACACAUCACCAGCACUCGCUCAUAGACCCACAGACUGGGAAAACCAAAUCAAUGCCAUCAAAAGUGACCAACCAAUCAAAUCUCGCCAACAGAACGAGAGUUUCGCGGCGCCCCCUGGCGGACAUUUUGUCGACAGAUCCAAGACUCCAACACCCGAGUCAUCCCCGUCCAUUAUUGAGAGAUUAAACCACGGUCACAAAGCCGAGCUCGAGGUUUUAGAGGCGCUAAAAUGGCUGAGGGCGGCAGGGUUUCCUCAGUACUCUCAGAUGUACGAAGAUGGUCAGUUUCCCGUGGACCUUCGUGUGGUCGAGAGGGAUCACGACUUUCUUGACGCUGAUUCCCUACAGUCACUGUUUCGACGGGUGGAGACGCUCAACAAACAUGCGGGUAUGAAAAUAGAUACCCACCCCAACAAGAAGGGAGCGAGCGAGGAGGAGGACGAGGAGGACUUCUGUGCCCUGAGUGAACGCUGGGAGUACCAGAAGACUGCCCGGCGCUGGUCAAGGAAGGAGCCGGCCAGAGCCGAGGCGCGCGCCGCGCUGGACACCCGCUCCGGCAGCCAUGACAGCCUGCUUGCUGACCAGGACAGCUUGACCGGGGACAGCCCGCUCCUCGGGCAGAAGAUGCCCCACCGGCCUGAGGUCAUGCCCGAGCUGGCGCCCUCGGAGCACGAGACCCUGCGUCAGAUCAGCGACCCCGCCCACCAGCGGUCACCGGACGACGCCCCCGACGCCUCCAUCUCGCCACGGUUAAGACGCGCGGCCAGCGAGAAGAUCAAAUCCGCCAAAAACAUUUGGAAGAAAGUUGAAGGGUUCAAGACGAAGAAGCCGCGCCGACACCCCCACAACCGGAACAUCAUCGAGAUCAGUGGUCCAGUGGUGGCAGACAAGGAGAACAUGCAGGCCAAGCUACAGAAGCUCAACUGUCGGGACAUCUCGCCCACAUCUGACGGGCUGGCCAGCCAAGCCGUCCCUGAACGUACGGCUAAUCAAGCCGCCCCUGAACGUACGGCCAACCAAGCUGUCCCUGAACGUACUGCUAACCAAGCCGCCCCUGAACGUGUACCUACCCAAGUCGCCUCAGACCGUACGGCAACCUUAGUCUCCCCUAGAGAAGACCAGAUCCCUACCCCCUCAGACAGUCUACCAUUUCGAUCCCGCUACGCCCCGGGAAGCCAGUCGAUGCGUGUCCACCCCACGUACCACACCCACCGGCCGAGCACCCGACACCAGCAACAGCUGCAGCAGAACUCAAGCCUGGACGAGUACUACAGCGCCCACUCGCAGCUGCAGCACACGCUGGAGACCUCGCAGCCCGGCUCGGUGAGGAAGAACAACAGCGACACGAACCUGCUCGAGAUCUUUCUCCUGCCCCAGGACCACCAGCCCGGCCGCUUCCCCACCGUGUUGCAAAACGGCUACAUAGAAACGGACACUUCCGGAAACACCCGACCGGUUGGGCUUUGGCAGGGUCGUGACGUGUCGCCGUCCGUCACCCAGACGUCACCGGCAGUCCAGCAGUCUGACGUCACGCCCGGGGGUCACAGGUUCAGUUUUUACGACAAUUUUCUACCCGGGGACAACAAGCGAGAAUCGGAAAAACCCAGUAUUAUUCCUGGAGUGAUCGAGCUGCCUUUUCCCAAAGAAAAACCAGUGGAUCGAGUACCCACGGGCUUCAGCGCUAGAGACUCAGGGGAUGCUAAAAAUAGAACGGUGAACUUUGAACCCCACAGGCUGGAUAACAUCCAGGAAUCUCGGGCCAGUUCUGUGGUCAGCAACUCGGAAACGUCCUCGGACAAUGACGUCAGACUGCGAGGGCGGAGCUCAGAUUUUGACUCCCCCGUCAGGACGCUGGGGGACAGCCCGGGGGAGUCACGGGUCAGUCACUCGAGCAGGGAGUCCAGCUCCGAGUCGUCGUUCGUGCGGUCAAGUAAAGUGACCCACAGUGCCAGUGUAGACUCGUAUUUCUUGCCGGAUAUGGGCCCGGACAGCGCCAGCCGGCAGCCGGAUAUGGACAGCGCCAGCCGGCAGCCGGAUAUGGACAGCGCCAGCCGGCAGCCGGAUUAUGAGGCGACACUACAGCAGGACUACGACGAGUUUGACCAGAUCCUAAAGCAGCUGUACGACAACAUCAAGGACCUCAACAGCUUCGUCACUAAAGACGCCAGCCCACCAGCACCAGAACCACCCCGCCCACCCUCGACCCUAGCCCCCGCCACCACACCCCAGCUCGUCCCCACCCACCUCAACACCUCCCUGGACCAGGAUGACCUCGUCUCCCCCACGUCUGACCUGGUCCUCUCGCCCUCCUCCCCCCUGUCCCCGGGGGUGAGGGAGGAGUGCACGGACACGAGUUCCAGCGAGAACCGGUCGAGUGGUGGCGACAGCAGCAACUCAGACGACCAGGAGACUGGCCUGACGGACCUCUCACACGACGACUCGCUCGACCAGAUGCCAGAUGUGUCCAUGGAGAGGCGGGACUCAGGGGUCGGGCACUCGCUGACCCGAGCACCAGGAGAGCGCAGGCGCAAGAAGAUCAGAUGGCACAGCUUCCAGAAGAGCCACAGACCUGACGUCAGCAGCCGGGCCAUGCAGAUCAACAGCUUGACCGCUGGUCAGUUGGUCCGGCUACAGAAGCUGUCCCUGCUCAAACUGACUGGCAUCAUGGAGAAAUGUCUGCCGGUCAACAAGUCCGGCUGGAACUGGAUGGUGCCUAGAUUCAUGAAACGUCAGAGGUCCCCAGAUUUCAGCGACAAAAAUGUUUUUGGCGUCCCCUUUAACGUGAUGGCCCAGAGGACGGGGCAGCCGCUCCCCCAGUGUGUGCUGUAUGCCAUGCGCUACCUGAGACGCACCUGUCAGACAGCUGUGGGCAUCUUCAGGAAGUCAGGUGUCAAGUCCAAGAUUCAGCAGCUACGGGAUCACCUGGAGGCUCACCCAGAUACGACAGAUUUCGAGGACGCCAACGCCUACAACGUUGCCGACAUGCUCAAGACCUACUUUCGAGACUUGCCCGAGUGCCUGCUCACCAACAAGAUGUCUGAGACAUUCCGCAGUAUCUACACACACGUACCACAGCCCCAGAGACUGGAGGCCAUCCAGGCGGCCAUCUUGUUACUACCUGACGAGAACAGGGAGGUCCUGCAGUCCAUUCUGUUGUUCCUGAGUGACAUAUCGUCACACGAGUCAGACCAUCAGAUGAACGCCAGUAACCUGGCCGUGUGUUUCACCCCCACGGUGUUCCAGCUGGGUAGCCGCCAGUACAUAUCCCACAGUCCCAAGCGAAACCGCAAGAACUCCACGGGCAUCCCCGACCCCAGGGAGAUCAUGGAGCAGAAGGCAGCCCACGAGUGUCUGCUUAUGAUGAUCACCCAGUGCAAGAAACUUUUCACUAUUCCACCCCACCAGUUUCGCCAGCUCCAAGUCCAGUCUCUGGCCCAUGUGGAACCUGCACCGCUGCAAGACAUCGGCAACUCACCUGCAGAGGUCAAGGCCUUUGGACAGGAGCGCAUUCAAGUGGUUUUAAAAGAAGCCCAUGACAAAAACCGUGGCUGGGUACAGACUAUGGUGGUCAGUGAUGUGGAGGUUUUCCACCGCAAGCCCCAGGACGACUGUCCCCUCAAGGAGUGGAAGUUUGUCACAGACAUUGAAGCUCCACCCAUUGAGGUUCUGCGCAGGAUCAUGCAUGAAAGGCACACCUGGGACGAGGACCUGUUGAGUUGGUCAGUUGUGGAGAGACUUGACCAGCACUCGGACAUCUUCCAGUACGUUCUCAACAGCAUGGCGCCACAUCCCUCCAGACAUUUCUGUAUCUUGAGGUAUUGGCGCAGUGACCUGACCAAGGGCGCCUGUGCCCUCAUCACCAUGUCCGUGGAGCACUCGGACGCCGUGGAGGUCCAGGGUGUCUGGGCUGUGGACAUGGGCUCCUACUUCCUCAUGGAGCCCUGUGGCUCAGGCCGCUCACGGAUAACUUACAUCACAAGGGUGGACACAAGGGGUCGUACACCCGACUGGUACACCAAGAUCUACGGGUUCAUCGGUGCCAGUUUUCUAGACAGGCUCAGGGAGUCGUUCAAACAAGAGGCGUCAGGACCAGAGACCAAAGUGUGAGCAGACCUGGGAUCAAAACCCGCCUGGAAUGGGAGGAUGUUUGUUGUUUGAUCACCUCCCAGUGCUGCAUGUUGGGAAAGUUUGUUUCAUAGACUGCCCAGAAUUGGAUCACAGUUUUUAGAUUUCGUGUGGCGGCCUGUGCUGUUGUGGCGGCUUAUGCUGUUGUGGGGACAGGGCUGUUUUAACUAAAAAUAUGACCUACAAGGUCCACUAAUGUCCAAGUGACCUACAGAUGAGGUCAUACAUACCUCCAUGGACCAAUGACUGAGGUAGACAGCAAUAGACAGUGCCAUGUAACUCAAUCAUUUUCUUGACCACUGUUGUUGUAUCAAUUUGUAUCAAGUUCUAUAAAUAGAACAGCUUGCUGUACAUAGCAUUACAUCACAGAGGAUGUAUGUCACUCACUCAAGUGCUGAGUGUUGAAUUAUUUUGUUAUAAGCCAAGUUCCUGUUGGAUAGGUUUCUCUAUGCAACAUUAGCAUGGAUGUCAUAUUUUUUUUAAACGAGGAUAAGCAUAAUUAGCCGACUAUUUAUAAUUACGCAGUGAUAUUGAUGUCUAGUGCAACUUGUACAUAUUCCUUUCAUCCUACUUGACCACUCAUGGCCUCUAUUGUUUCAUUCAAUGCUUGACUGUUUUAUUUUAUACCAGCUUCUGUGUACCGGAUAUAUUUUCUCUUCACCAUUGUAUACAGGGAUUAGAUAUUUUUUUUAAAUACAGAAUAUUGGUGUUGUAUGGGUCAAAUUUUAUUUGAACAGCUGUAGAGUUUGAAGGAUUUUUUUUUUUGAAGACUUUGUGAAAUAUUUUAAAAGAUUAUUUGUCAUGGGACUUCUGCCUAUAAUGUGUGACAUGAAUUUAAUCUGUCAUACCUAACACAUAUACCUCAUUGAGAGAUAUGAAUGGCACUGAUGCUUGUGAUGUAUGGGGAUGAAUGGAUUGUACGCUGAGCUAUAUGUAUGUUGUAUGCUUUAUAUGUGCCUGCCGGUGAGAUGUAAUUUUUCUGUGUGUAUAGAAACAUACAGACCAGUUUAUGUGUACCUAAUUAGCGUAUGUGAACAUAAAAAUGGUCAGGUUCACAUAAUGAACUAUUUGUUCACCUUUGCAUUAGCAACAAAUUUUGUU